CUGUGGAGCAGACUGAGAUUAAGGGCAAGCUAACAAGUGUCACCUUAGGACUAAAGGACCUGACAGACAAAGACUUCAAGAGAGCACUGGAAGUGACAUGAGCACUGGACGUACUGGACAAGGAUACUAUAGCAUGCAGCUAACAUGUUCACUGCUUUUCCUGGGAAUAUUUUGCAUUCAUACCAUUUGUUGUCAUGGUCAAGUUGACCCACUUGCCUUGGGUCGUGCAGAUCCUCAAUGCUGGGAGACAUCAACAGCUAUCUUACUGGAGAUGAAAAAGCCCCGGAUAGCCGAUUCUGUGGCUGGAUUCUGGGACUUCAUGAUAUAUCUGAAAUCAUCUGACAAUUUUAAGCAUGGUGUUCUGUUUUGGGACCUAGCACAACUUUUCUGGGACAUCUAUGUGGACUGUGUACUCUCCAGAACACAUGGACUGGGCAGAAGACAGUUAAAAGAGGAAGGGAAGAAAAUAUCCAAUUUUGUUUCACAAUUCACAUCAAAAAGAUUUUCCCACAAUCGAAGAUCUGUUUUACCGAGUCAAAAAGAACUCAUUCAACACUUAAUAGAUAUCCAAGUAGACAAAAGUGAAUCCAGACUACUCAGAAGUAUCAAAAGUGGAAUCAAGAGGAAGUAG